AUGUUUGUUCUACCUCCACCUCCGCCACGCUAUUCUAUACCCAUCGCCUAUGCAGCGGGCGCUGCAAAUGGCAUGGCGGUGCCUAUCAUCGAGACCAACAAUGUUAUUAAACAUCCCGAAGGUGGCUGUCCGCUUCAGGUUGGAGAGGGGACAUAUGAGCUCGUCGAUGAUCUACAUUUAGCAACGCCUCCACCCCACCCCUCUGAAGCGCCGAUUGUAAACCCAAACCCCCUCGCAACAGUUCCAACUCCUCCUACGGCCGGUGUGAAGAUGUCUCUCGUUAUUACCAAUAACAAUAAAAGCCCCCCGAAUCUAUACAGCUCAAGGGCAUCAGCAUCGGCAUUCGAUUUGAGGAGUAUUAGAGAAAGCGAGAAAGAAGGACGGCGCUCCGAAAGUGAAAGUUGGAGCUACAUUUCGGCACCGGCUUUUGGGGAAGGCAACCCAGCGCUGAUGAUCGCCUCGGUGAAAGACGGAUUGAAGCGGAGAAAGCCGAAGAACAACAUUGUCAAAAGCAGCUCGUCGUUUGUCUCCCGAGUUAUAUCACAUGAAAGCGCUGCCAAGCGGCUGGCUGACAGGAAUCCGGAUGGACUUUUUGCUUUUGCAAAUAUAAACAGAGCAUUUCAUUGGCUUGACCUAGGCUCACCUAACAAGGAGGAUCCGCUUGCAAAGAUCCUUUUCACCAAAGCACAUAUGCUUUGUCACGAUGUUAAUGAACUGACUAAGUCGUCGUCGCAUAUCGACGUUGUUAUGGGAUCAUCUGCCGGUGACAUUAUCUGGUAUGAGCCCAUAUCUGCAAAGUAUGCUCGAAUCAACAAGAACGGCGCAGUCAACAACUCCCCAGUCACGCAUAUCAAGUGGAUACCGGGCUCCGAGAACCUUUUUCUAGCAGCGCAUGCCAACGGUCAGCUCAUCGUUUACGACAAGGAGAAGGACGAUGCGCUUUUCACACCAGAAGUGGAUGAAGGAGCUGAUAGAGCUUCUUCUUCAAGUAAAUCACUGCAGAUUUUGAAAUCUGUAAAUUCCAAGAAUCAAAAGACCAACCCAGUUUCCGCAUGGAAGUUGGCAAACCAACGAAUUAGCCAAUUUGCUUUCUCUCCUGACAAGCGUCAUCUAGCCGUAGUGCUAGAAGAUGGUACACUGCGUGUGCUGAAUUACCUCAAAGAAGAAGUCACGGACAUUUUUGCAAGCUACUACGGCGGUAUGAUUUGCGUCUGCUGGUCUCCUGAUGGCAAGUAUAUAGUAACCGGAGGGCAAGAUGAUCUUGUGACAAUCUGGUCUCUGGCAGAGCGAAAGAUCAUUGCUCGAUGCCAAGGUCAUAACUCCUGGGUCUCUGCCGUUGCAUUUGAUCCUUGGAGAUGUGACGAACGCAACUAUCGAUUCGGCAGUGUUGGCGAUGAUUGCAGAUUACUCUUGUGGGAUUUCAAUGUCGGGAUGCUACAUCGUCCAAAAGCACUUCAAACAAACGCCCGUCACCGAAAUAGCAUCACACCGGGAAUGCAACAAUUAAGUCGCCAUCGAACAGACAGUCUAAGCAACCGCAAGAGAUCAGAUUCUGACCGGACGGAAAAGCCCAUCGACACUGAUGAAUUAGAUGCACUUUGUCAUCCUGUUGAGCCACGGAAGAUGAUCGCAUUGCUCCCUCCGGUCAUGGCCAUAUCCGCACGUGGACUCGACCAAGAGAAGGUGUCACAAACGAAAGUCGCGCAGAACUCUCAUCAACCAUGUCAGGUUCCGGCUCAGAAACGAUUGCUAGUUUUGUUAGUUGUUGGAUGUGCAUCUAAAUAA